AUGGCAGAGCCAUGCUGCAUAAGGACUUGUAAAGGAUCAUUUAAUCAGGAAUACAGGUGCUUGCUUGUCUCGUGGAAAGCUGCAUGGAGUGAUGGGGAGGAGAGGGAGAAGCUGAAGGAGGAGGUCCGUGAUCACCUCAGGACACUCAACUUGCAGCUCAAAGACAAGAAGUUCUUCGGAGGGGACAGCGUUGGGUUCUUGGACAUCUCGGCGAACUACAUGGCCUACUGGAUCAUUAUCAUUCAGGAAGUCACAGGCGUCGAUUUGUUCGUGGAGGACAAGUUUCCGACGAUGUGGAAAUUGGCCGAAGAGUUCAGGUGCUACCCCCUUAUAAAGGACAAUCGGCCCGAGGAGGAGAGACUGUUUGCCUUAUUUAAAGCCCACUCCAAGAGCCUGAUGAAUGCUUCCAAGUAG